AUGAGGCAGUAUCACAAUAACCAGUCAGCCCCAGACCAAACAUCUGCAACGCCGCAACGAUCACCCCUCUUCGUCGCCCAGUUACCUUCCAGCAGCCAUGGCAGAAGGCAGAUUCAGAGGGUGCUGAUUGCGAAUAGAGGCGAAAUCGCUUGUCGAAUCAUUGCAACAUGUCGGAAACUAGAUCUAACUUCGAUUGCCAUUUAUGCACAAGAAGACUCGUCUUCGCGCCAUGUUGCUGAGGCAGAUGAAGCUGUCAAUUUAGGAAGCAUCAAUCAACCCGGAGGAAACCCAUUUCUGAACAUCCAGCUUCUUGUUGAUGUUGCACGAUCGAGGGGCGUUGAUGCCAUCCAUCCGGGCUAUGGCUAUCUCAGCGAAAACGAAAAGUUUGCGGACGCUGUACGCCAAGCAGGACUGAUCUUUAUUGGACCAAGUUCCCAAGCCAUGUCAACGUUGGGCGACAAGCGGAAUUCAAAGGACUACCUGAGGAAACAUGCGCCAAGUGUUCCGCUCAUUCCAGGAUUCACAGGCUCAAGCCAGAAUGUCGAAGAGUUGGAAUCCGCAGCAGAAAAUGUAGGGUUUCCGGUGAUGCUAAAAGCGUCUGCUGGAGGCGGCGGUCGCGGGAUGCGGAUUGUUCGAGAGCGCUCGCAACUUGCGGGCGAGCUUGCUCGCGCACAAUCCGAGGCUCAGCGUUCCUUUGGAUCGAGCGAUUGUAUUCUGGAGAAGUACAUCGAAGCGGCCAAACACGUCGAAGUCCAGAUCAUUGGUGAUAGCCAUGGCAAAGUCUUCUCAUUGUGGGAGAGAGAAUGCUCAGUUCAGCGACGGCACCAGAAGAUUAUCGAGGAGACACCGUCCCCAUUUCUAUCACCCGAACAGAGGCAAAGAAUGUGUGCAGUUGCUGUUCAAAUAGGCGAGCUCAUUGGCUAUGAGGGUGCCGGCACUGUCGAGUUUGUCGUUGACGCCAGGGACGGAAGUUUCUAUUUUCUCGAAGUCAACACGCGCCUGCAAGUCGAGCACCCCAUCACGGAAGAAGUUACGGGCCUAGACAUUGUCUCUCUGCAAUUGUUUGUGGCCGCCGGAGGAUCACUAGCCAGUCUCGCCGUCCUACAGCGCAUUCCACAAAAGGGCCAUGCUAUCGAGUGCCGCCUCUGCGCCGAAGAUCCCAGUAGUGACUUUAUGCCACAGAAUGGCACCAUUCAACUGUGGCGCGAGUCAGACCAGUACCCGGGGUCAAGAGACGUACGAUACGAGACCUCUGUACAAACUGGAUCCAGCAUAUCCAUCUACUUUGAUUCGAUGAUCGCGAAAAUUGUGGUAUGGGCGCCAACAAGAGCCAUGGCAAUCUCGAAAAUGGUCAAGGUGUUGGCAAACACGGUAUGCGCAGGCGUGAAAACCAACCAACUUUUCCUGCAGGCCUGCCUUUUACACCACAGUUUUCAUGAUCCGGCAUACACGACCUCGCUCAUCCCGACACAUGUGCAAAGUCUGCUGAAGAAUCCCUACACCGAAUCUGCCCAAGACAUGAUAUCUAUGCUCUCACUUGUUCCGGGUCUGGUGCUGAGGAACGAAGCAUCUCGGUUGAUGACCGACGCAAGACCUUUUAGGCACGUCACUCGAGGGUUCAGGAAUCAAUACUUUGAUCCCGUCAAUCGCAGCACAACUAUAAUUGUCCCUUCAGAGCCGUCAUCCGCCCAAACGCCGAUCUUGUCGAUUUGGACUGCCCUGUCCCGAGGCGAGAGUGGCCACUCAAAAUACCAGGCUACAUUAGUCCCCAUUCCGUCCGGCGAAGACGACAGUGCCUCAUCAGACACUACCGCAAGCCGCAACAAUUCUGAGGCCUACCAAAUAUCUCGGCAAUAUCAUGCCAUCAGCCACAAGCUCAGAGAUACCUCUCUGGCCCAGGCUCCACAGUACACGGUAGAAUUCACAAAGUGGAGAGAUAUACAACAUACCAAUACCACGGGCGACAACGCCGCCGCAUGGAGAACGGUAUCAGUAGCCAUCUCAAUCAACCAAUCCAUAAUCCACGCCCACAUCGCUACAGACACACCUUCCAACCCUGCCUCAUCCACCGGCUCGUACCAGACGGUCUUGUGCCACUUCCCAGGGCUAGGGACCUGGGUGGAAUACAAAUGCUACAGCACCCUCAAUUACAUGGAGAGUCUACGACAAGGCGGCGUCUCGGCGGCGUCUUCGACAUCCAAAGUGAUCAAGUCGCCCAUGCCGUGCAAGGUCCUCUCGGUGCUCAAGUCCCAAGGCGAUCAUGUCAAGGCUGGGGAAGUGGUCAUGGUCAUUGAGAGCAUGAAGAUGGAGACAAACAUCUGCAUCAAUGUGGAUGGCAAGUUCAUGACUGGCGUCAAGAAUGGGGAUGCCGUCAAUGACGGGGCGGUGUUGUGCUGGGUUGAAUAG